AUGAACUUGCACAACGUCAAUGACUACGCGAACAAGGUAAUUUUGUGUUCCACCAACGAGGGGUGUCGUCAGAUGAACGAAGUUAUUCUCCGCAAUCGUCUCGAGGGUGAAAUCAGGCAUUACUUCAGCACGGAUACCAUAGAGUGCGACGACCCCGAGGACGCCGCAGACUUCCCGAUAGAUUUUAUUCAUUCACUGCACCCCACGGGACUCCCUCUUCAUGACCUGGCUCUUAAAGUGGGCGCUGUCGUCAUGCUGCUGAGAAACCUGGACGCCAAGAGAGGACUUUCUAGGCUGCUCAACGCUACCGAGCACGAUGACGAUAUCAUUAUUCCCAGGAUUCCGCUGACCACUACCGAAGAUGACGGCUUACCUUUCAAGUUGCGCCGAUUGCAGUUCCCUGUUCGAUUGGCUUUUUCAGUGACUAUCAACAAAUCUCUAGGACAGACUUUCGACCGCGUUGGAAUAUACCUGCCUUCUCCUGUGUUCAGCCACGGACAAUUGUAUGUGGCGUUCUCCAGGGUGAGAAACGCUGAAUCUGUUAAGGUAUAUAUACCGACCGACGCCGAUGGAGUUACAAAGAAUGUGGUAUUCCGUGAGGUUCUUUAA